AUGUCUCCAUACUGCUUCGUCUAUGAAAAAUCAUGCCACUUACUAGUGGAAUUGGAGCAUAAGGCUUAUUGGGCUGUUUCGAUAUAUAACAAGAAAAUGGACAAAGCUGGCGAAGAAAGGCUAUUUCAGCUUCAAGAGAUAGAAGAAAGAAGACCUGAGGCCUACGACAACUCUCGGAUGUACAAGGAAAAGUGCAAGACUAUUCAUGACAGUGGUAUCUUAAGGAAGAAUUUUAAGCUUGGUGACAAGGUCCUUAAAUUCAAGGCCCGGCUCAAAUUUGGAGAUGGGAAGCUAAACGAGAGAUGGGACAAACCUUACACCAUCACCAAGUUCUUUGGCUAUAGAGCACUUGAACUCAAGGAUGGCACUAAGCAUCUAGCCAAUAGACAUCUCCUCAAGCUUUUCUAUGACAAGCCUGCAGAAACGUAG